AUGGACGAGUUAGAGCAUCAAGUCACGUUUGAACUCUCAGCGACGAUGAAGAGAAAUGGAUCUGGUAUUGCUUCUUGGGUCUGGAGAAGGUUAUUUCCUCACAAUUGCCUCUCAAAAGGUACUCGUCUUCCUACUACUACUACUACGACUUUUCUCUCUCAAAACCCAAACCCAUUAUCGCAUGUUCAUUAUACAGUUUCAUUUCACUCUCAUUCUUCUACUUCGGAUCGUAAAUCACUGACCCAGAAACCUAGAAUUGGGUUUUACAACAUUAAUAAUCUCCAAGACGCUCUCAAUUUAUUCAAUCGAAUGCUCCAAACGCGACCUUUGCCUUCUGUUAUGGAAUAUAAUCAGCUUCUAGGGUUUAUUACCAGAAUGAAACAUUGCUCUACUGUUGUUUCUCGCUACAAACAAAUGCUUGUGUUGGGUAUAUCUGUUGAUGAGUACACCAUGAACACUGUAAUCAACUGUUAUUGCCACCUCAAUCGAGUCGAUUUUGGAUUUGCUACCUUAGGCCACCUACUUAAACAUGGUGGUUGUGCACCAAAUGUGACUACAUUCACCACCCUGAUAAAAGGACUUUUCUUAGAACAUAAUUUUGCGGAGGCAAUGGGGUUAUUCAAUAAGCUGCUAUUGCUGAGAGAGAAUCAGAUUGAACCUGAUGGAGUUAUGUAUGGAACAGUGAUAAAUGGUCUUUGCAAAGCAGGGAAUGCUAGCAUGGCCAUUGGGCUACUUAGGGAUAUGGAGAAAACAAGGGUUUCUAGUGCUAACUUAGUAAUGUAUAACAACUCCAUAAUUGAUAGUCUUUGCAAGGACAGAAUGGUAGAUGAUGCUUUGGUCUUUUUCUCCGAAAUGAUUGAGAAAGGUAUGUUGCCUGAUGUUAUCACAUACAAUUCAUUGAUUCACGGACUUUGCAAUUUUGGUCGAUGGAAAGAGGCUAAAAGACUAUUGAAUGAGAUGGUGGAUCUGAAAUUUUUUCCAGAUGUAUAUUCCUUCAAUAUUUUGGUAGAUGCAAUUUGCAAAGAAGGGUUGGUAAGAGAUGCAGAGAGCCAGAUGGAUGAAGCGAUGAAAGCAUUCAAUUCCAUAGAGGACAAGGUAAUUGAGCCUGACACUAUCACCUAUAACACUUUAAUCAAUGGAUAUUGCAAGCAGAUGAAGAUUGAUGAGGCCAUGAAUCUCUUGCUAGAAAUGCCCAGUAAAGGAUUGGAACCCACAAUUGACACUAAUACUGUAAAUGUAGUGGAAGCAGGACAGAAAAAUAAGAAGAGGAAUCACUCUGGAGAAGGUCCUAGCCAAGGAAACUAUAAGAAGUUCACUGGGAAGUGUUUCAUAUGCGGCAAGCUAGGACACCGAGCUAAAGAUUGUCGUAGCCGCAAAACACAUCAUAACCCCAAGAAGAAGACCACUGAGGUGCACAUAGCUGAAGAAGAUAAGUUGACAGCUGAUGUAUCAGAGUUAAAUCUUUCAGCUGUGGUUUCUGAAAUCAACCUGCCACUGGUUUGGGUUCAACCUAAACUGGUUUGGAUUGGGUUCGAACUUUCGUUUCCAAGUUUGGGUUCCAUCUUGGUCUCCGAGUUAGGGUUUAAUCCUGGUCUCCGAGUCUGA